CACCCGCAGCCUCCAGAGCUGGACCUGUGGGUUCCCGCCGCGCCGGUUUGUUCCAACCCAGAGGCCUCCUCACUUCAGGGAUGCAGUGAUAAGUUAGUAUGGACGUCCAAACCUUGGUUUCCCAGGAGGAAAUUGGAAGAGGCAGCAGCAGCCCCUGAGCGCCCGGAGCUUUUGAACAGGGGACCUGGGAGAGCCUGAGACGGAGGCUGCAGCAUCCGUCAAGGUGGGACCCGCUGAGCGCAGAGGCUAGUCCUCCAGCUUGUUCCGGCAUCCAGAAGGCGCGUUCGCCUGAUUGUCCUCGUCUCCCCGGUCAGGGGAUUUUCUUUUUCUUUUUCUUUCUUUUUAUUUUUUCUGCCUCUGGUGGUGGGCGCCUAUUGGGCUGAGGCCCGGCGCCUGCUCUGCUGCCCGCGCUGCCUUUAGCGGUCGCCCCCGCCGCUGCUGCCAGGGACGUGCUGGUAAAACCGAAGCCCCGGGAGAAGAUGCCGGCCAUCCUGGUUGCCUCCAAAAUGAAAUCGGGACUGCCCAAACCCGUGCACAGUGCCGCGCCCAUCCUGCACGUGCCCCCGGCCCGCGCUGGUCCCCAACCUUGCUACCUCAAAUUGGGUAGCAAAGUGGAGGUGAGCAAGACCGCCUACCCUGGCCAGAUUCCGCUAAAAUCUCAGGGGCUACAGGAACCGGUGGGGCAGGGGCCCCUGCUGCGGAAGAGCGGCUCUGUGGAAAACGGGUUGGAUACUCAGAUCUACACUGACUGGGCCAACCAUUAUCUGGCCAAAUCCGGCCACAAGCGUCUCAUCAAGGAUCUCCAGCAAGAUGUGGCGGAUGGUGUCCUCCUGGCCCAGAUUAUCCAGGUUGUAGCAAAUGAAAAGAUUGAAGACAUCAAUGGCUGUCCAAAGAACAGAUCACAAAUGAUUGAAAACAUAGAUGCCUGCUUGAAUUUCCUGGCAGCUAAGGGAAUCAACAUCCAGGGGCUGUCUGCAGAAGAAAUCAGGAAUGGAAACCUCAAGGCCAUUCUAGGCCUCUUUUUCAGCCUCUCCCGCUAUAAGCAGCAGCAACAGCAGCCCCAGAAGCAACACCUCUCUUCACCUCUACCACCUGCCGUGUCCCAGGUGACAGGGGCUCCUUCCCAGUGCCAGGGUGGCACCCCUCAGCAACAGGUGCCAGCCACUCCCCUAACCCCGUGCCAGCCUCACCAGCCAGCGCCACAUCAGCAGUCAAAAGCACAAGCCGAAAUGCAAUCCAGACUUCCGGGUCCUACCACAAGAGUAUCCGCUGCAGGCAGCGAGGCCAAAACACGUGGAGGAUCAGCUACUGCUAACAACCGUCGCAGCCAGAGCUUUAACAACUAUGACAAGUCCAAACCAAUCACCUCCCCACCCCCGCCAACACCACCAAGCAGCCAUGAGAAAGAGCCGUUGGCAAGUUCAACCUCCUCCCAGCACGGGAUGAGCGAAAAUGCACCCAUUGCCUUGGAGAGCACCAGUAGUUCCACCCCCACUAACUGCACCUCCUCCGCCAUCCCCCAGCCCAGUGUGGCCUCCAAGCCGUGGCGCAGCAAGUCCCUCAGCGUGAAGCACAGUGCCACUUCAUCCAUGCUCUCUGUCAAACCGUGUGGGCCAGAGGUCCCCAGGCCUGCACCCGAAGCAAUGAAGCCAGCUCCCAACAAUCAGAAAUCUAUGCUGGAAAAGCUCAAGCUUUUUAACAGUAAAGGGACUUCCAAGGCAGGAGAAGGCCCAGGAUCCCGGGAAACGAGCUGUGAGCGGCUGGAAAUCCUGCCCAGCUUUGAAGAGAGUGGAGAACCGGAGGCUGCUGGCCGUGGGUUUUCUGCAGCAAGCCCUGCAUCCAGCAGUCCCAAGAUUGCUCUCAAGGGCAUUGCCCAGAGGACUUUCAGCCGGGCACUGACCAACAAGAGGAGCUCCCCAAAAGCCAAUGAGAAAGAAAAGGAGAAGCAGCAGAGGGAGAAGGAAAAGGAAAAAGGCAGGGACCUCACCAAGAGGGCCUCUGUGACCGAGAGGCCAGACCCCAAGGAAGAACCCAGGGAAGAACCCGGCGGGAUGGCCAUGACCGAGAUGCCAAAAAAGUCCUCCAAGAUUGCCAGCUUCAUCCCCAAGGGAGGGAAGCUCAGCAGUGCCAAGAAGGAGGCAUCAGCCCCUUCCCACAGUGGGAUACCAAAACCAGGGAUGAAGAGCAUGCCCGGCAAGUCCCCAGGUGCCCCCACACCAUCCAAGGAAGGAGAGCGCAGCCGGAGCGGGAAGCCAAGCUCAGGGCUCCCCCCACAGAAGCCUCAGUUGGACGGUAGACACUCUAGCUCCUCCUCCAGCCUAGCCUCCUCAGAGGGCAAGGGCCUAGGGGGGACCCCGCUCAACCACAGCAUCAGCAGCCAGACUAUCAGUGGGUCUGUCGGGACCACCCAGACCACGGGAAGCAAUACCGUCAGUGUCCAGCUACCUCAGCCCCAGCAGCAAUACAACCACCCCAACACUGCCACGGUCGCGCCUUUCCUGUACAGGUCCCAGACAGACACUGAAGGGAAUGUGACUGCCGAGUCCAGCUCAGCGGGUGUGAGUCUGGAGCCCAGCCACUACACCAAGAGUGCACAACCUGCCCUGGAAGAACUCACUGGGGAAGACCCCGAGGCCCGGCGGCUGCGGACAGUGAAGAAUAUUGCUGACCUGCGGCAGAAUUUAGAGGAGACCAUGUCCAGUUUACGAGGAACUCAGGUUACACACAGCACAUUGGAAACCACGUUUGAUACCAACGUGACCACAGAAAUAAGUGGCCGUAGCAUCCUCAGCUUGACAGGGAGACCCACUCCUCUGUCCUGGAGGCUCGGCCAGUCCAGCCCUCGGCUCCAAGCAGGAGACGCACCCUCCAUGGGCAAUGGGUACCCACCUCGAGCCAACGCCAGCCGGUUCAUCAACACUGAGUCAGGCCGCUAUGUUUACUCUGCCCCUCUGAGAAGGCAGCUGGCAUCCAGGGGCAGCAGCAUCUGCCACGUGGAUGUCUCUGACAAGGCGGGAGAGGACAUGGACCUGGAAGGCAUCAGCAUGGACGCCCCCGGCUACAUGAGCGAUGGCGAUGUGCUCAGUAAAAACAUGCGAACUGAUGACAUUACAAGCGGGUACAUGACCGACGGUGGGCUUGGCCUGUACACACGGCGCCUGAACCGGCUCCCUGAUGGGAUGGCUGUGGUGCGAGAGACACUGCAACGAAAUACCUCUCUUGGCCUUGGAGAUGCUGACAGCUGGGAUGAUAGCAGCUCUGUGAGCAGUGGCAUCAGCGACACCAUAGACAACCUCAGCACCGAUGACAUCAACACCAGCUCCUCCAUCAGCUCCUACGCCAACACACCUGCCUCCUCUCGCAGAAACCUGGACGUUCAGACGGACGCGGAGAAGCACUCCCAGGUGGAGAGGAACUCACUGUGGUCCUGUGAUGACGUCAAGAAGUCAGACGGCGGGUCAGAUAGCGGCAUAAAGAUGGAGCCAGCCUCCAAGUGGAGGCGCAAUCCUUCUGACGUGUCUGACGAGUCCGACAAAAGCACGUCGGGCAAGAAGAAUACUGUCAUCUCGCAGACAGGCUCGUGGCGGAGGGGCAUGACUGCUCAGGUGGGCAUCACCGUGCCAAGGACAAAGCCAUCUGCCCCAGCAGCGGGAGUGUUGAAGACCCCAGGCACUGGGAAAACUGAUGAUGCAAAAGUGUCUGAGAAAGGAAGACUUUCUCCCAAAGCUUCGCAGGUGAAGCGAUCUCCAUCAGAUGCUGGGCGCAGCAGUGGCGAUGAAUCCAAAAAGCCCCUGCCCAACAGCUCCCGUACGCCCACAGCCAACACCAACAGCUUUGGGUUUAAGAAGCAGAGUGGCUCCGCUGCAGGGCUGGCCAUGAUCACUGCCAGUGGGGCCACUGUCACCAGCAGGUCAGCCACAUUGGGCAAAAUCCCCAAGUCCUCCGCACUUGUGGGUCGGUCUGCUGGCCGGAAAACGAGCAUGGAUGGGGCUCAGAAUCAGGACGAUGGGUAUCUCUCUCUCAGCUCCCGGACAAACCUGCAGUAUCGGAGUUUGCCCAGACCCAGUAAGUCCAACAGCCGGAAUGGGGCUGGGAACAGGUCUAGCACCAGCAGCAUCGAUUCCAACAUCAGCAGCAAGUCAGCAGGUCUGCCAGUACCCAAGCUGAGGGAGCCUUCCAAGACAGCCCUUGGCAGCUCUCUUCCUGGCCUGGUCAACCAGACAGACAAGGAGAAAGGCAUCUCAUCAGACAAUGAAAGUGUGGCCUCCUGCAAUUCAGUGAAAGUGAACCCAGCAGCCCAGCCUGUGCCUGCCUCGGCUCAGGCCCCUCUGCAGCCUGGGGGCAAGUACCCUGAUGUGGCCUCUCCCACGCUCCGCAGACUCUUUGGUGGGAAGCCUACCAAGCAAGUGCCCAUCGCCACAGCUGAAAACUUGAAAAAUUCUAUGGUCAUCUCCAACCCUCACGCCACCAUGACCCAGCACAGCUCUUUAGAUUCACCCUCGGGUAGUGGCGUCCUGAGCAGUGGUGGCAGCAGCCCUCUCUACAGUAAGAACAUGGACCUCAACCAGUCUCCACUAGCCUCCAGCCCCAGCUCUGCCCACUCGGGCCCCUCCAACAGCCUCACGUGGGGUACCAAUGCCAGCAGCUCCUCGGCGGUGAGCAAGGAUGGCCUGGGCUUCCAGUCCAUCAGCAGCCUGCACACCAGCUGUGAGUCUAUUGACAUCUCUCUCGGCAGUGGAGGGGGACUGAGCCACAAUUCCUCCACCGGCCUUAUCAGCUCCUCUAAGGAUGACUCCCUGACUCCCUUUGUCAGAACCAACAGCGUCAAGACCACGCUGUCUGAAAGCCCUCUCUCUUCCCCUGCUGCUAGCCCUAAGUUCUGCAGAAGUACUUUGCCCAGGAAACAGGACAGUGACCCGCACCUUGAUAGGAACACUUUGCCUAAGAAAGGACUCAGGUAUGCUCCCGCCUCCCAGCUUCGCACGCAAGAAGACGCAAAAGAAUGGUUACGGUCUCACUCUGCUGGAGGCCUGCAGGACACCGCUGCCAAUUCCCCUUUCUCCUCUGGCUCCAGUGUAACUUCUCCCUCUGGAACGAGAUUCAACUUUUCCCAGCUUGCAAGUCCCACCACUGUCACCCAGAUGAGCUUGUCGAACCCAACCAUGCUGAGGACCCACAGCCUCUCCAAUGCUGACGGGCAGUACGACCCAUACACUGAUAGUCGCUUCCGGAAUAGUUCCAUGUCUUUGGAUGAGAAGAGCAGAACCAUGAGCCGUUCAGGCUCAUUCCGGGAUGGGUUUGAAGAAGUCCAUGGGUCCUCACUCUCCUUGGUUUCCAGCACGUCAUCCAUUUACUCUACGCCCGAAGAAAAGUGCCAGUCGGAGAUUCGCAAACUACGGCGGGAGCUGGAUGCCUCUCAAGAGAAGGUUUCAGCAUUGACCACGCAGCUGACGGCAAAUGCUCACCUGGUGGCAGCCUUUGAACAGAGUCUUGGGAACAUGACAAUCAGGCUGCAGAGUUUGACCAUGACAGCCGAGCAGAAGGAUUCAGAACUGAAUGAGUUAAGGAAAACCAUUGAGCUGCUCAAGAAACAGAACGCAGCUGCCCAGGCUGCUAUUAAUGGAGUAAUUAACACACCAGAGCUCAACUGCAAAGGAAAUGGCACCUCUCAGUCUACAGAUCUUCGCAUCCGCAGGCAGCACUCCUCUGACAGCGUCUCCAGCAUCAACAGCGCCACCAGCCAUUCCAGCGUGGGCAGCAACAUAGAGAGUGACUCAAAGAAAAAGAAAAGAAAGAACUGGUUACGCAGUUCCUUCAAGCAAGCUUUCGGAAAGAAGAAGUCCCCCAAAUCAGCAUCCUCCCAUUCAGACAUCGAGGAGAUGACGGAUUCCUCCUUGCCUUCCUCACCAAAGUUGCCACAUAAUGGGUCUACAGGCUCCACUGCAUUGCUGAGGAAUUCUCACUCCAACUCUCUAAUUUCCGAGUGCAUGGACAGUGAAGCUGAGACGGUCAUGCAGCUCCGGAAUGAGCUGAGAGACAAGGAGAUGAAGCUGACAGACAUCCGCCUUGAAGCCCUCAGCUCUGCCCACCAGCUCGACCAGCUCCGGGAGGCCAUGAACAGGAUGCAGAGUGAAAUAGAGAAACUGAAAGCUGAGAAUGACCGGCUAAAAUCAGAGUCUCAAGGCAGUGGCUGCAGUCGGGCUCCCUCCCAGGUGUCCAUCUCUGCCUCCCCCAGGCAGUCCAUGGGCCUCUCCCAGCAUAGCCUCAACCUCACUGAGUCAACCAGCCUGGACAUGUUGCUGGAUGACACUGGUGAAUGCUCGGCUCGGAAGGAAGGAGGCAGGCAUGUUAAGAUAGUUGUCAGCUUUCAGGAGGAAAUGAAGUGGAAGGAGGACUCCAGACCACACCUCUUUCUUAUUGGCUGCAUUGGAGUUAGUGGCAAGACGAAGUGGGAUGUGCUCGAUGGGGUGGUUAGACGCCUAUUCAAAGAGUACAUCAUUCAUGUCGACCCAGUGAGUCAGCUGGGGCUGAAUUCGGACAGCGUCCUGGGCUAUAGCAUUGGGGAAGUAAAACGCAGCAAUACUUCAGAAACACCUGAGCUGCUCCCCUGUGGCUAUCUGGUUGGUGAGAACACCACCAUCUCUGUCACUGUCAAAGGGCUGGCAGAAAACAGUCUGGACUCGCUGGUGUUUGAGUCUUUGAUUCCCAAGCCCAUCCUGCAGCGCUACGUGUCGCUGCUGGUGGAGCAUCGGCGGAUCAUCCUCUCCGGCCCCAGUGGCACUGGGAAGACCUACCUGGCCAACCGUCUGUCUGAGUACAUGGUGCUUCGGGAAGGACGAGAACUGACUGAUGGGGUGAUCGCCACCUUUAAUGUGGACCACAAGUCCAGCAAGGAAUUGCGCCAGUACUUGUCCAACCUUGCUGAUCAGUGCAACAGUGAGAACAAUGCAGUGGACAUGCCGCUCGUCAUCAUCCUGGACAACCUGCAUCACGUUAGUUCCCUGGGCGAGAUCUUCAAUGGGCUGCUUAACUGCAAGUACCAUAAAUGCCCUUACAUCAUCGGCACAAUGAACCAGGCUACCUCUUCCACUCCCAAUCUGCAGCUUCAUCAUAACUUCAGGUGGGUGCUUUGUGCCAACCACACGGAGCCCGUGAAAGGUUUCCUCGGCCGGUUCCUAAGGAGGAAGCUCAUGGAGACGGAAAUCAGUGGGCGGGUGCGGAAUGUGGAGCUGGUCAAGAUCAUUGACUGGAUUCCUAAGGUCUGGCAUCACCUCAACCGCUUCCUGGAGGCCCACAGCUCCUCAGAUGUCACCAUUGGGCCCAGGCUCUUCCUGUCAUGCCCCAUUGAUGUGGACGGCUCGAGGGUGUGGUUCACAGACUUAUGGAACUACUCUAUCAUCCCCUACCUCCUGGAAGCCGUGCGAGAGGGCCUCCAGCUCUACGGGAGGCGCGCUCCCUGGGAAGAUCCCGCCAAGUGGGUGAUGGACACCUACCCGUGGGCAGCCAGCCCACAGCAGCACGAGUGGCCUCCCUUGCUGCAACUCCGGCCGGAAGAUGUCGGCUUCGACGGCUACUCCAUGCCUCGGGAGGGCUCCGCGAGCAAGCAGGUGCCUCCCAGUGAUGCUGAAGGAGACCCACUGAUGAAUAUGCUGAUGAGGCUGCAGGAGGCCGCCAACUACUCUAGCCCCCAGAGCUAUGACAGCGACUCCAACAGCAACAGCCAUCAGGAUGACAUCCUGGACUCGUCCCUGGAGUCUACGCUGUGACGGGCUGGGCCUGGAGCCUGCCCUCCUCCACGUCUCCUCACUCUGCCCCAUCUGCAUCCUCCACAGUAUCCUGAAUCGACUUCCUGAGCCAACCUCCAGCCGUAGCCCCAGAGCUGCAGGAUCCCAAGACCCCUCAUUCCUCUGCCUCGACCUUGGUGCAGGUGUCCUGGGCUAGCCGCCUGGGACCCACCUCCUUCCACAGUGACAACUGCACUACUUUGUCUUUCCCUGUCAUUUUCAGUUUUGUCUUGUUGCUGUGACCUCCGUAAGACUGAAGCUACUUCUCGGGAAGGGAUCAUUACCAUGGAGAUGGAAAGAACCCACCCGAAGCUCUGAAAUCGAACAGCACCCUGCCAUAAGCCGCCCUGAGAUGGGAGAGACUGGGACAAAGUUGGAAAUGGAGAAAGCAUAGCUCCCUAGGGCUGAGACCCCCUAGGUCUCUCCACCAGCACCACACCUAGCUGGCCUUGGAGAGAUCUGGUGCUAACCAGGGCACUUGCUUUGGUCACACUCAACAUAUUACAGAGCCUCAAUGCAGGAAACCCUUCGGAGAAAAGAAACCGUGCUUUUUUAUUAUUAUUUCUUUUUAAAUGGUGCUCCCUUUUCCUGAGAUAUAUUUUGCCUGUUCCAGUUCAGCCCUUUACAGGCCCCAUCAGCCACCAAUUAGCCCUUGAGAGUGAAUGACAGAGUGAAAAGGUGAGCUGGCAGGUACAGCUAAAAAGGCAGAACCGCAUGUGUCUGUUCCCUUACUAUAGACAAAUGAAUCAGGUUUUUAUUUUCUGUAAGCACUGUGUACAGUGAGAAUUGUUUCUGCUUUGGAGAACUCAUCACCCCUUGCAAAUGAGAUUGAGUUUCUUGUUGAUUUUCAAGACUGUUUUUCUUCCUUCCCUCUCUUGGUCAGAAUCAAUCCUUUGGUGGAAGUAGGGAGCCUCAGGAGUUGAGUUUCAGUUUGGUCCUGCUCAGUUUUGAUUUUUCGUUGUCUGUCCUCAUGGAUCUACACACUUGCCUCCUUGACUGGGCCUGGGGGUAUCUGUGUCCUUGAAAUAACCUGGGGGGUGAGCCUUGCCUUUCCUCCUCAUCCUUGAGGAUGGGGAGCGCAGGCUGACACCUCAAACGUCCCAACCCCAGCUGCUUCUGGUGGGUGGCGAGGUCACCUUGCAGAAACCGUGCACUUUCCUCAGACCCGGCGCCACCGACCCACCAGCCGAAACAGCUGUGCCACGGAGGGCAGCCCCUCCCCCCUGCCGCCGCCUCUGCCCAGUCCAGACGAGCCUUGCCCAGCCUCUUCGGUGCUGACCUUCCCAAAGUGAUGCCUUACUGGUUUUGUACUCACCAUGUUCAUUUCCAUGAGUGUUGUGCCUGUGUGGGGUUUUUUUGUUUCAUUUUGUUUUCCCUAUCAAAGCAAACAGGGCUAAAAAAAGAAAAAAAAAGUGUCAUUUGUUCGUUAGGAGAACUCAAAUCGCUGUGACUUUUCUCAUCUAGAACUCUUUUGUAUGGAUGUGUGACCCUGGGGGUGAGGGGAAGAAAAAGCAACGAAGGAUCCAUGUUUUAGUUGAGAGCAGUCUCCAGCUGACAGCCUGCCUGCACAGUGGUCUGUCCCACACAGGGAAAAGGCAAGAAUCCCCCCCGGUCUCCAUGACAUUGCUGGCACACGCUUGGUGGAGAGCCAGCAUUCUGCGUCUGCAUCCUAAGUGUGGUAGAUGUGUCCGUUGCUUCUGUUUUGCAAAGAGUCUUUCUCAGAUCCCAAUGAGGGCGUCUCUGUCAGUGAUCAGGGUUUUCAUGCCACGUUUGUGUUUCUGUUCCUGAAGCUUCGUCCCAUGGUGUCUUUUCCUCCCGGAUGACCUUGACCUGAAACUGCUCACAUCCCAUCCAAGACCGUGUCCGCCAGCUGGUGGAUAGAAAGCCUUCAGCAACAGACCCUGCCGUACACUCGGACUCUGCUCUGCCCUGGUUCUGUCAGUCGUCUGGGUGUGAGCUUGUUUUAUCCUUUUAUUUAUUUUUAAUUUUUUUUAACUGAACAUUGAAACCAUAGAUUUAACCUAUGACUGGGGAAGAGGAACGCCAAAUACCUAAAGCUUCUGGUAUACCUGAGAGUGGCCUUUCUCUGACCAUGUAUCUCCCAGCAAUGACCUUAUACUCUUGUACUGUGAAUUGGGACCCCAGGGUGGGAAGGUGGGCUCCACCUCUCCUUGUGGGCAGUUUUCCCAGUCGCCUUGUAAGUAGACACCUGCCAAUCUUGUUUGAAAUUGUUCUCUUCCCACGCCUCCUCUUUCUCUUCGUCCCUCUCCUACAGACUUCCCUCUCACUGGGCCCAGGCUGCCUGAUUGGUCAACGGUGACUUCAAGGUAGCCCUCGUACGAUUCACAACUCAGUGUCCUUCCUAAAGUUUCGGGAAGCAGGGUUGUCUAGCGUGCAUGCUUCUUGCUUGGGUCAUAAUUUAUUUUAGUGUUUCUCACCUUUGACAAAGUGACUUUGAACUCCUUUAGGGCUCUGUCUGAAAUGCUUCCAUUUUGCCUUUUUCUGCAGUUAGGCAUAUUUAGAAAAGUAUGAAAUUCUAUGCAACAUGUUGAGUUACCAAUGGAAGCCAAAAGUUUUCUUCCCAAAUUGCCAAGAAUUCUACAGGCCAUGAAUGAAAUGGGAAUUCCUUUAAGGUUGGGGACGGGGUGGGAAUGGGACAAGGAAUGUGACUUGUCUCGACCUUCUUUGCAUCUUGGGGACAUUUUCAAUUUUAUUGUUUGUUGCUUAUGCUUCAGAAUUCUUUGUAUUCAAAUCUGUGGCAAUCUACUUCAAAAGGAAAAAUAAUCCAACUUUGUGGAUAUUCAGUGGAAGGUUUGCUGUUUUGAUCCAGUUGUUUCCAGUGGAGCAGUUUAUGAAAUAUGUUCUAUAAGAUGUACAUUUUUUCAUUGUAACAUAGAAAUUGUAAAUAAUUAAAGUGCUGCAUUUUGAUGAAUUUUUUCUAGCCAUUUUUAAAGAGAAAACUAGGAACUCAGUAUUUUGUGUACGGUUGGUUUCCUUCCUGAGUGCCCUGCCUUCCUCCCUCUCUCCCUCCCUCCCUAUUUAAGUUUCAUUUGUCAUGAGGUUUUUGUUUUUUUGGAUUUGCCAUGAUCCGCUGGAGAUCAGGACCCAUGUCAUAGAGAAUAAAGGCGAUGAUUGUACCAGUCUUAAAUUAUUCAUGAUUCAAUAAAAUUGAUGCUUAUUUAUUC